AUGUUUAAAAUUGAUGAAAAUGAAGCUAUUUCCGAUAUGUUUAUUAGAUUUACUAACAUUGUCAAUGCUUUAGAAGGACUUGGAAAAGAAUAUUCAAAUCUUGAGAAGGUAAAGAAGCUCUUAUGGUCCUUGCCUAAACAAUGGGAGCCUAAAGUCACCGCCAUUCAAGAGGCAAAGGAUCUCAAGACUCUCUCCAUGGACGAACUCAUUGGUGAGAAUGCCCUUGAUGAAGAUGAUGUGGCCUAUCUCUCACGUAAGUAUAAAAAUUUCAUCAAGAGAAAGAAACAAUUCAAGAAGAAUUUCUCCAACMAAAAAGAGUMRAAAAGUGAAARGAGCAAAAAGGAUGAGGUAAUUUGUUAUGAAUGCAAAAAACCGGGUCAUAUUAGAACCGAUUGUCCUUUUCUUAAAUCAUCCAAGAAAUCUAAGAAGAAAGCAAUGAAGGCUACUUGGGAUGAUAGUGAUGAAAGUGGAAAUGAAAGUGAGAAUGAAGAAGUGGCCAACUUUUGCUUCAUGGCUCAUAGUGACAAGGAGGAUGAAAAAGAUGAUGAGAUAACUCUUGAUCCCCUUUCUUAUGAUGAGUUGUUUGAAGCUUUUGAGAAUAUGCAAAAUGAUUUAGAAAAGCUUGUGGAACUUGAUAAGGCUAAAGAUUCUAUUAAAAAAUUAACAAUAGGUGCUCAAAGGUUGGACAAGAUUAUUGAAUUAGGUAAACCUUAUGGUGAUAAAAGAGGUUUAGGAUAUAUUGAUGAAUGCUCUACUCCCUCAAGUUCUAAAAUUAUCUUUGUUAAAGCAUCUCCUAAUAUGCCUAAGCUUGUUGCUCCUAAAGUUGUUUGUUUGAAAGCUUCCAAGAAAGGUAAGUGGUACUUGGAUAGUGGUUGCUCAAGGUACAUGACGGGAGACCAAUCCAAGUUUGUCACUUUCUCCAAAAAGGAUGGAGGUUUUGUAACUUUUGGUGAUAGCAAGAAAGAAAGAAAUUUUGGAGAUUUACUUGUUAGUGACAAAAGCAAAGAGAUUGUUUCAAGUAAGCAAGAAGUGAGCAUCAACGAAAAUAAGGUGGACGGUUUUUCAUCCAUGCCUAAAGAGUGGAAGUAUGCUCCAUCCCAUCCUAAGGAUUUAAUUCUUGGUGAUCCCGAACAAGGUAAAAUUGCCAAAACUCCUAUGAGCAUAUCCACUAAGCUUGACAAGGAUGAGAAAGGUAAAUGUGUGGAUGUAAAGACUUAUCGAGGCUUGUGGUAUCCUAGAAAUGUUGAAUUUAAUUUGGUAGGAUAUUCCGAUGCGGAUUUUGCGGGUAGUUUACUUGACUGA